GGCCCAUAAAAUUAAUGUCUACUCAUUAGCCCAAUGACAUGAUCUCCAUCUAUGCCUCCACUUCACUCCACACUCUCCUCUAUUCGUUUCACCUUUCACCUCCCUUUUUUUCUUCUACCUUUUACCUACAAAAAGCCAAUUAAACAUCUCUCUCAAUCUUCAUUAUUCACCAUAAACCAAAUAUGUCUUCAAGUGGAAAGGAUUUAGCUGAAGGAGGAUCAUCAACCUCGCAAGGAAUCACACUUAGCCGCUAUGAAUCUCAAAAGAGAAGAGAUUGGAACACUUUUGGUCAAUACUUAAACAACCUAAGACCACCCGUUCCACUUUCUCACUGCAAUUCCAACCAUGUGUUGGAAUUUCUUAGGUAUUUAGAUCAAUUUGGAAAAACCAAAGUUCAUUUACAAGGUUGUAUGUUUUAUGGACAGCCAGAGCCACCAGCACCUUGUACAUGUCCACUUAGACAAGCUUGGGGAAGUCUUGAUGCUCUAAUUGGGAGGUUAAGGGCUGCUUAUGAGGAAAACGGCGGAACUCCAGAGACUAAUCCUUUCGCGAGCGGUGCUAUUCGCGUUUAUCUUAGAGAGGUUAGGGAGUGUCAAGCUAAGGCUAGGGGUAUCCCUUACAAGAAGAAAAAGAAGAGCACAAAUAAGGGAAAUGAUGAAUCAAGCUCAACCAUGCACUUUUCUUGAAUUUCCAUAUCAAGUAAUGGAUAAUUAAUGUAACAUGUAUAAUCAAAUUGGAGUUCUUUCUUUACAAGAGGCACUCUAAUGGAGGUUAAUUUGGCUUUCUAUAUUGGAUGGGUAAAAGUGUUGGCAUGCCACUCUUUAAUGUAUUUUCUGUUAUAUAUAUUUACUCAGCAAUUUGUAAGAUCCUAGUCUAAACUCAUUAUAUAACCGUUGGUUAUGCCUUGGUCUAUGUUGCAUUCGAAUACAAGUCAUAUAAGUAUAGUUUACCUUGCAUGCAUAUUUUUGGGAUUGGUUCCAUGUAAGUGUUUUUUUACCCAAUUCCAUUUAACUAUUUGGGUUCAUAUAUUCCAAAUAUUGUAACUUUGUGAGCA